UAACUCCAAACAAGACUCCAAAACAUGCAAUUCCACAUCAGCAUAUGAUACUCCUCUGAAUGAAUGACUGAAGCAGCAGGCGUCGGGCACCACGAGCAUGGCAUCAGCGUCGGGCACCACAAGCACCACCGUCAGCGUUGCCCUAUAAGCACAACAGAGGAUUGGAACUCUGAAUUGAACGACAACUGAAGCAAAACAAUCGACCAUCGACAGUAAACCUCUGAAGAAAUGUUGGAGUGCUGCUGCUACUUGGUUGAUUACAGAGAGCUUGGUAGGCCAUUAAGGCCUCACAUCUGACAUUAGCAUCCGUAACAUUUCCUAGCACUACUCCUAGCAGUAGACAAGAUCACAAGAAUCUCCAUUUGCUAGCCCUACUCCUAGCACUACUCCUAGCAUCUGACAUUAAGUUUUCACGGAGAAGAGACAGUAAGAGGAAGAUAGAGCAAUACCUCAAGGAGUCAUCAUCCAUGGACGCACAGCCGGGCCACCAUGUCCAUCCUCUCGCCACCUGACGCAGCAGCUGCUCCUCAAGGAGUCGCUCAUGGAGGCCGCGCGCAAGGAGGAGGACGGCGGCAACCGCGGCGACGACAAGCUGCCGCAGGUGGUGUUCGACCGCAUCCUUCGGCGUCAGAUGGUGUACGACGCGCUCAAGCGCGGGGGCGGGGCGGAGGUGCCGUCGUGGGUCCAGCUGCUCACCAUCCUCCUUUCCUUCGGCACGUCGGCGCUCGGCAUCGCCUACUGCUCCUCGUCACAGCCGCACAGAUGCAGCAACUCCCCACAGCCGCACAGAUCCGGCAGCUCCCCACAGCCGCACAGAUCCGGCAGCUCCUCACCGCCACAGUUCCUCUUCCCGCAGCUCCUCCUACUCGAGCAGCUCCUCCGGCGGUAAAAAUCGAAUCUUGGGACGACGAAGCAGGGACGACGCGAGAGAAAGAGGGCAGCGGCGACGCGGUUAAGGGAGAUGCAGCGACGCAGGCGAGGGAGAUACGCGG